AUGUCUGAGAGUGAACGAUCCGAACGAAAUUAUAAAUUAUUAACAAAUGUUGGCAAAUUAUAUUUGGAUGAAGAAACAGCUGAUGUAAAGUUUAUUUUUGAAAAUGGUGAGCAUAUCGAAUGUGUUGUGGCCCAUCGAAAUUUACUCGCAGCAGGUAGCCCAGUGUUCAAGCGAAUGUUUUUCGGUGAGCUAAAAGAAGGCACGGAAAUUCCAAUUGUUGACGUUUCAAUCGAUGGCUUCAUUGCAUUUCUUGCAUACUUCUACAAGGAGGUUGUGACUUAUAACAGCAGCGAGAUUGCCGAAGUAAUGAAACUGGCCGAUAAAUAUGAUGUAACUGGUUGCAUGGAAUUGUGCACAAGAUACUUGACGCUGACCCUGUCCACGCAAAAUGUAUGCUGGUGCUACGAGUUGGCGCUGCUAUUCGAUUUAGCGCAUUUGAUUGGUGUGUGCGAAGAGAAGAUUUGUUCGGAAACCCAAAAAGUACUGGAAUCCAGUUCAUUUUUAAAUUGCAGCCGUCAUAUACUCGGCCGAAUUUUACUGAUGGACAGUUUGAGUUGUGAUGAAAUUCACAUAUUUCAAGCGACAAUGCUGUGGGCACAGGAGUCGUGCAAACGGGCUGGCAUCGAUGAGAACAAUGCUGAAAAUUUAAAACAACAACUCGGUCAUUGCUUUGAAAAAAUUCGCUUUCCCGCAAUGUCAGCCGAAGAUUUUUACACUUGUAUCGCGGAUAAGGAGAAUCUACUCACAUCUAACGAAAUCAUGGAUAUUUUGUCAUAUUUGACAACACAUCGACCACUGCAGGUGGCCACUCGUUUUGAGCAAACAGCCCGCAAAGGCAUUCCAGCCUGGAUAACAGACGAUUUAAUUCAAAUAUGUGACAGAAGAACGUUGCCAAAUCUGUGCAGGCCAGCGGCCGAUUUGCGACAAGACAUUGUGAUAUUUUCCGUGAACGAGCGAAUUCUAGUGGGGCAAAUCGCUAUCAGCAGUUUCAAAGCUUUACACGAUGGAGGAGAUGCAAUUAUGCGAAAAGGGGAAUUGACGGUGCGAAAAUUGAACGAGAGUGCGGGCCAAAAUCCAGAAAAUGCAACAUCUGUGUCAAGAGGUAGCCAAGAAGAGGGCAGUAGCACUGAACCGGAUGUGAUUUUACAGCAAGAAAUCACCAUAUCAAGUGGCUCAUCGACCAAAAUCCAGUUGUCGAAGCCAAUUAUCAUUCAACCAUUUCAAUUAUAUGAAAUGGAAAGCACCUGGGAAUUGGAGGAUGGCGAGGAAUUGAUCGUACGCGCGGAAUGCCGUGAUGAAGUGAUGCUCGAUGGUGGUGUACGCUUUCAAUUUAAACGAAAGCCCGAUCUUACUUAUGAUAAUGUUGCCGAAUGCUUAGUCUCGCGUUUAUACUUUAAACAAUGGUGA